AUGGAGCCGGCCAGUCUGGACGAAGCCCAACUCGAGAACUCGGAUAUACUGGGUGCAUGCUUCAUACAAGCACCUUUGGGUGUGGCUGAAGUCCUGCGCUGUGAAGUGGCCGACACCCUUAGCUGCCUGAUGGUGAGCGAUGCAGAGAAGCUGGUCAGCAGAGUGAUCAGGGUCAGAGUUGAAGGCUGUGGUGCCAUCCGCUACCCUCUGACUGUGGCAAUUCCCUUCUGUGUGCGUCACCGCGGCACCUACAGGACCAUCGCUGUCAAGCUGGUGGACCGCGAGAGGAGGGCCAGCUACCUCACUCCUGUGACAACAGAGAGCUCACACGGUGGACAGAGGGGCUCUUUUGCAGAAGUGAAGGUGUACUCACUGGGCCUGUUUGCCGUGGUUUCCUGUCUUAAGCGAGAACACUUCACAGUUCCUAGACGGGGCGUGUCUCACAAACCUCUUGUGGACCCUCGCAUCUGCCUCUACUACCUCCCGGGAUCCUUCACGGCUUCUGUCAUGGUGCAGUACACGAUCCAGCCACUUGACGCCGUCCUUCUGGCCACCAUCAAGUCCAAAAGUGAAGCCUACCGCAGGGUGGUGUCCACCAGCCCGCUCCUCUGCCUUGCCCAUCCGUCCUCUCAGCCCCUGCUCAGACCCCUCACGGUGACACUUCCCUGUCCGCCAAAUCCUGACAAGUGGAAAGACAUGAGAGGGCAGGUGGACCUUGUGAAGCGUUUACUCACUCUGCCUGCAGCUGGCCCUGCAGUAUCAUCUUCCCAGCAGAGGAGGAUGCUGGGCUCCUCUAUUCAGUCCUCUAAAGAGAACCCUGCUGAGCUUCUGAGCGUGCUGUGCUGCAAAGACCAUCAAUGGAGCGUCGCGGAAGGAAUUGUCAUCCAGAGCCAUCAGAAUGGCAUUGUGUCUUUUGAACUGACGGAGAACUUUGACAGACUGCUGGUGGUCCGCUUCCUCUCCCCGCUGCAGCCUUGCCAGCUCACAUCCCUGGCAGAGGACCUGGUGGACUCAGUGUGUGGCCACCUGGUCAGAGUGGUCAUCCAGCACCGCCAGGGUGAGCCCCGUGCCGUCCUGGUGUCCGCCUUGCCGAGCAGGGAGCUCAGUUGGGAAAUGUCCAGGCUGCAGGCAGGGGGUGACAGUGCAGCCCCGCAGACGUCACCGGAGAUCUGCAUGCGGGAGGGGGAUCAGCUUGUCCUACGCCUUUGCGGGAAUGUCACCUGUGCAGGACCUCGGGCGAGCAAGUGUGGGCUUCUAGAAGAGCGCAUCACCUUCCACAGUCAGCGCAGGAACGAGCUGCUGGUGCCCCUGACUGAGGUGGACCCCUUCGGUAACUACAGCUCACCUCACUACAAGGGCGCGGCCGUCUUCUACAAGGCCACCAGAGGUCAGGCGGAGUGGCGAGGGGACAAGGCGGUCAGGGUGGACGUGGAGAACCUGGGAGAGCCUGUGUGCACGCUGCCUCUGAGUCUGCCUAAGCGAGUCCGAAGCAUCAGACGGCCCGUCACGCCGAGGAUUUCGCUCUGUGACAGGACAGACUCCCUCCCAGACUCGCUCCUCCUCUGGCUGUCCGAGGAGCUUUCAGAAGAAGAAUUAGGCCCCCUGGCGCAUUCUCUGCGCAUUCGCCGUAGCUCCGCCCAGCUGGUGAAGCUCCGGGCCGGGGACAACCUUCCCGGCGAGGCCUUCCGCAUGUUGACCAUGUGGAGGAGGGAACUGCCUGCUUCCUUGCUACGGCCCAAGGCCUCCCAUCUGGCACGCUGCUUGGCCAGGAGCGGCAGGCCUGACCUUGCUGCAGAGCUGCUGUUACGCCAGGCAGCGACCUCAGGCAAUCUGAAAUAA